AUGUGGUCCCCGAUGACACUCCUCACCUGGUUCUUCCAGGCGAUGGCUCUGCUUGGUACCACAGCAUUUGAUAUGCUGAAGGGCCUCGCGUCCACUGACCCUCUCACGGUCCUUAGCACACUGACUGCGUCGAAGGUGAACAUGUUCUUCGUGUUCAUCUUCAUCUUUCGGUACCUGCGACUCGUGGUGCAUAUGAUCUCGUACUACUUCAUCUACAGCCCGACGCCGGUCCCAGCAAAUCCGACUCUGAAGCCGUCCGACGUGACAGUCAUCGUCCCCACAAUUGACCCCGAGAACGACGGCUUUCAAGAGUGCCUGCGAACAGUCCUCCAGAACCAGCCCGGUGCUAUUCUGAUCGUCACCGUCGGCAAUGCCAAAGUCAAGCUUGUCAACAAGGUCAUCAAGCCCUUCCGCAAGAGCUGGCCUUCGACGACGAUCUCGGUCACACAGACUAACCAAGCUAACAAGCGUCGACAGGUGUGUCAUGCCAUCCCUCAGGUUCGUACAGCCAUCACCGUUCUCCUUGACGACCACGUCUACUGGCCAAGCCUGAACUUCCUGCCCACCAUUCUUGCACCCUUCGAGGAUCCUCAGGUAGGUGGUCUAGGAACGAACAAGGUCGUUCGACGUACCGGCUCCGGCUAUAGCAUCAACUCCGUCUUCAACUUCCUGGGUUGUGUCUACCUCGAGCGUCAUAACUUCGAGAUUACCGCCACGAACGCCAUUGACGGCGGCGUCUUCGUGCUCUCUGGCCGUACUGCCGCAUACAGAACGUGCAUUCUCAACGAUCAGACCUUCUUGAACGGCUUUGCCAAUGAGAUGUUCUUCUUCGGUAAGCUCGGUCCCAUCAAUCCGGACGAUGACAACUUCAUCACCCGUUAUAUCGUCAAGAACGGCUGGAAGAUCAAGAUCCAGAACUGUCCCGAUGCAACCAUCGAGACUGACCUUGGCAACCCCGGUAAGUACCUCUCACAGUGUCUGCGAUGGGUUCGAACCACCUGGCGUUCCAACAGCUGCUCACUCUUCACGGACCGCACAGUCUGGAGGGCACAGCCAUGGUGUGUGUAUGCCGUGUACUGGACAAGCUUCUUCAACUUUGCACUCUUCUAUGAUGCUGCCAUGUUGAUUUCGCUCUACAACACUACCUUUGGCAGUGUUGGCGCUGUUCAGAUGCUGGCGUGCUGGAUCUUUGCCAGUAAGAUGGUGAAGCUUCUUCCGCAUUUCAGACGCAAUCCUAAGGAUCUCCUGCUAAUUCCAGCCUACCUGAUGUUCGCCUACUACCACAGUCUGAUGAAGCUCUGGGCUCUGUUCACCUUCUAUGACUGCCACUGGGGUGGUCGCAAUCUGGCUGCCGUUGACGCGUCAGCUAACAACGAUGAUGACGAUGACGAUGACAGCAGCGACGACGACGAUGACCAGUCCAAGAAAUCGUAUGGUGGCUUCAGCACAGGGACUUCCUAUCAUUCAGUAGGAUCUCACUUCCCCUCAAGUGGCUCCUCAGACGGUAAGCAGACAGUCUUCAACCGUUUCUUCGAGUCAGACACCCGCGCUCCCUAUGAUAAUGCUGACCUACCUCCCGCAUCCACUGCUGGAUCAUCCGGUCAGUCUGCCUCAUACGGCAUCAGCAAGUGGGCUGCCUCGGAGAAAGCCGGACACUCACAGUCUCAAUACGGCUCAGCUCCCAAAGCUCACCCAAUCCCCAUGCCCCGAUCAACCACAGCAUCAUCGACCACGGACCGCUCUUCCUGCGCGAGACAGAUACACGCCGAGAACGUCCUCAAACCCCACGAUGGCAGCAUCCCUACCACAUCACGAUACGGUCGUGCAAACGAUUCACGGAGGCUACCGGCGCAUAUGUACCGCUCGCCGAUCUGGACGCGCUUCUCUCCUUCUGAUUCUGCGGAUGCGUCAUCAGUAGUUUCGGGAACAAAGGCUAGUGAGGCAAGCACCUUCAAUCUCGGCAGCCUCAGAACCGGACUCGAGAUCAACAAUUAUUUGCUUUCCACUACCUCCUGCCCUACUAGCAGCAGCAACAGCAGCCGAAUAGUCUCUGCCAAGUCAGCAACUUCCAGCAACGUCUACCCUGACCCAUGCUUCGAGCAGCUACAUGGGGAAACCGACUCUGAGCUGCGACAGUGUUGUGGAGCUGGCCCAGUCGAGAUCAUCGACGUCAAAGCAGUGAGACCAGAGUACAGACGGGCGUGGGAGAGAGGUAGUGACUGCAAGCGGCAGCAUGAUGAAGGGAUGGGGCUGAAUUGGGGGCAGUGUGCUUUUGGUGAUGUACGAGAGCUGGGCUUGUAG